CUUCAUUGGACAUCAACAGGAUAAUGCAUCUUGAUCGAUCUGACAAGCUCACUCUCUCUCUCACACACACAAGACUAGAUAAUACUAGGCCGCAGCGAGAUAUAUAACCGUAUCCAGUUCUCCAUUCACAGUCCCCCUCACUCUGUCAUCAUGUCUCUCGCCCGAACUUCGCUCUACCGUUCCCUCGCACCCAUUGCACGAUUCGCCAGACCUUACGCGACCAAACCCAGCGAGCCCAAGGAGCCUAAGGGAAUGGCUGAGACUGUUGGAGAGGGCAUCAAGAAGGCAGGCGAGGCUUUCAAGAAAGACGGGGCCAUUGGCAAGGAGUUCAAUGCAAACGGAGCGAUCGGUGGUACUGCGCAAGCCGUCGGAGGUCCCUUCUCGGCGGACGGUGCCAUCGGCAAGCAGUUCACUGCUGAUGGAUCCAUCGGAGGCACGGCUCAGCAAGCUGGUGAUAGCACCGCAAAGUCUGGCAAGGACUUGAAGAAGUAAUACAUCGGCUGUCCACAGGAAGCUCUACCCUGAACUCGCACUUGUAGAAUAU